UUGCACGGAAAACCAAUUUCACGCACUAUUCAGUAAUUAUUUUAACUGCAAAGCGGGAACUGUGAUAUAUCCACGCAUGUACUUGAGUAAAAGAAAUAUCUGCAGUGCAGCGGUUGAUCUUCUGAUUUUUUAUGCAAUACGGUAACUUUCACCAGUUAAAACAUCUCUCAGUAAUAACACGCUGGUUAAUAAGCAUCUAAAUUACCAGUAUUUUUUAAUUACGCGUACUUUCCUGUUCAUGGUUGCCUGAAUAUCUACAACAGAUAAUUGACGACUCAUAUACGUUAGGAACUUAGGAUAGUGAUUUAUGUUGUACAACUGUUCGCCCACGGCUUCGGGAUGAUUUGCCGGAGUAAAUCUGCUUGGUGCAAAGUCUCGCAUGUCCGGGUCCGGGCAAAGGAUGUCCUAAUCUGGUGUAAAUUUGGACUAGCCAUUAUUAUGUCGCUGACCAUGCUGAAAUAUGCAUUCUACAACACAAGGGACUGGAGCCGGGAGCUGCGGUUCGAUAUAAGCGAAAACCAGUCCAGCCUGCUGCAUAUGUGCCAACAGCCACCGAAAGUCGGCAAUCAGGGAGUGGUAUAUUCUACUGAAUGCGCAAAUAAUCUUUCAAGUGGUCGACAUCUGUUUGAAAUUCCCAUUUUAACACAUCGCUUACCACAUCUUGCUGGCAAUCUAAAGAGUCUUGCUCCUCGAAUACACAUCGGAGGUAAUCGAGAAGGAGUUUCACUGGUAAUCGGUGUACCAACAGUCCGCAGAGCCAAGCAGAGCUACAUUAACUACGCGCUGGAGUCGCUCUUGUAUAACUUAAAUUCCAGCGACGAAAGCGAUGUCGUAAUCGUUGUGAUGGUAGCCGACACCGUCGAUCUGCCUGCUGCGGAUGCAUUCAUUAACGACAUCCGUACGACGUUCUUGUCCUACAUUGAGGCAAGCGUCUUGGAAAUUCUGGCACCUUCACUCAACUACUACCCUGACCUCGACAAAAUUCCGCCUACGCUAGGUGAUUCUCCGAACCGUUUCAGAUGGCGAGCGAAGCAGGCGUUGGAUUUUGCUUAUCUAAUGGCGUAUUCUCAACGGAAAGGAAAGUAUUAUCUACAGCUAGAGGACGACGUGAUCACAAAACCGGAUUAUAUCCAGACGAUAAAACGUUCACUGGCAGCAGGCGAUGACUUUCUCUUGGCGGAUUUCGCUAGUUUAGGCUUCAUCGGAAAACUGUUCUAUUCUAGAGAGCUGCCGGCGUUCGUUGAGUUUAUCAUCCUAUUUUACGACGCUAAGCCUGUUGAUUGGCUGCUUAGUAACUACAUUUUUGUUAAAGUUUGCUUGGAAGAGCUAACUGAAACAGAGUACUGCCCCAAAGCGAUGAAGAAAGCGAUAAAAAAAUUUCGGCCUGCCUUAUUCCAACAUAUCGGACGAGAGUCAUCCUUUAAUGGAAAAGUGCAGCUAUGGCAGGAAGGCGACUUCGGCAAUGUCAGCUCGUUUGUGCCACAUAAAGACAAUCCGCCUGCUAGGCGCAUCUGGUCGACACUGACAAUGUACCAGCCGCAUACCCUUGAAAACGCUUACCGGGGAAAGACCUUUUUUUGGGCACUCACGCCUCGAGCAUCUGAUACGUUGACUAUUGAAUUCCUCGCUCGCAGCAGCGUUUCAUCAUUUGUAUUUAAAUCGGGGGACGCGGACCAUCCGGCCGAUCAGUUGCGCGACGCAGUUGUAGAGGUCACCAUCGAUAAUUCGCUGACUAACUGGAAAGAAGUGGGACGCUUUCGUCACGGUACUGCCCAGGGAUCACUAAGGCCAAACGAACUGAUUUCGGCCAUAAGGAUACGAAUGACGAAAGAAAGUCCGAACUGGGUAAUUUUGCGUGAGAUCUGGAUAAAAACUGUAAGUUGAUGAUACGAGCGUUUCCUGUUCCGGCACUUAUCAGCACUGAGCCAUUUGUCGUUAAUCCUUCUCACGGCUUACGACUGGCACUCAAAUUUUGACCGUUCAAAUAAAAUUCAGC